AUGAAAUCUCCCCAAGUCAAACGUAGCCCACCAGCAACAGCCUGUCAUCCAAAGUCCCACAGCAGAAGCCUUUCUAUAGACUCCCCUCAAGAUGGUGAUGACGAUAAACUCCCGCGGAAGACUCACAGCUACAAACGCGCCGAAGAGCCACCGCGCAAUGCGGACGGCAAGAUGAUAUGCCAACACCAAGAGUGCUCCAUUACGUUUGUUCGAAAAUGUGAAUGGAACAGGCACAUGGACACGCAUGAUCGUCCCUACAAGUGCAAUGCCAAGGGUUGCGAAAAGCUCCAAGGAUUCACCUACAGUGGCGGCCUCCUUCGCCACGAGCGCGAGGUACACAAGAUGCACGGCGGCACCAAAAAGAUCCUCUUCUGCCCAUUUCCUGGCUGCAAACGUAGUUCAGGCUCCGGAUUCACGCGGAAAGAGAACCUGGCGGAGCAUGUCCGCCGUGUUCAUAGGAGAACGUCCAUAUCAGCAGAUCCGCAUGACCUCGUCAUACGCCAGUCAUUUUGCAACCAACCUUUGCAACACCACGAUAACGAGUACAUCAGCUCUAAGCGUAAGCGCGUUGUCUCUGACGACCACAACAUCGGCAAUAUGCGCUUAGAGAUUAAGCGACUGCGACAGGAGAUUGAGGACAAGAACUUGCAACUGAAGAAGCUGGAGAAGGCCGUCAUGCCAUCGAAACAGCAAACUCAUACGUAA